AUGAUUCAUCCUGGGCCAUACGAACUGAAUUCGACAAUUCAUGAAGAGAAUGCUGCUACAGGAUCAUCCGCAUCUAGGCCUGCGAAUCCAGGUGCUUCCAGCGCUCUCACCGUGUCCGUUGCUCCUGUCCUUAAAUCUCCGCCUUCGAAAGCAGGGCUCCAUCCAACCAGCGUUCUGCUGACCACUGUUGUAUUAAUCGUAGUGGAUGUUUAUGGUCAAGAGCACGCCGCCCAUGUCUUGCUGGAUACCGGCUCUCAACCGAAUGCCAUUAGCGAACGUCUAUGCCAGCAACUUCAUUUGAGCCGCAGAUCCGUCAACGUACCAAUCGCCGGCGUAGAUGGGACCGUUACGAAAGCAAAACACGAAGUAUCUGCUGAGAUUCUAUCACGCGUGUCAGAUUUCCGUGAAGUGUAUGAUUUUUUAGUAUUGAGGAAAGUUACUUGCGACACUCCAUCGGUACCAUUCAGUACUUCUGAACUAGAGAUUCCCGAGAAUCUAGUUUUAGCUGACCCUGGCUUUGGAACUCCACGUAGAGUGGAUAUGAUAAUAGGUGCCGCUCAUUUAUAUUCUUUUUUGCGGAAUGGCCAGUUUCGUUUACCGAAUCUCUUGUUUAUCGAGACGGUGUUUGGAUAUAUUGCGUCCGGGAAGAUCUUCAGUACCAACGAACACUUCCAGAGAUCGAUAACAACUUGUCAUGUAGCGACAAUCGUACCGAUCGAUGAGCUUCUGCAGCGUUUUUGGAGAAUAGAGGAUGUGAGCGCUUCCCAUUACUCUGUCAACGAGCAAAUAUGCGAAAAUUCCUACCACGAAACAGUCUCCCGUGAUUCAUCCGGACGAUACGUCGUUCGAAUGCCCAAACGUCCCGAAUUUGAACAAAUGAUUGGGGAAUCAAGAUCCAACGCGAUGCGACGUCUCAACUUGCUGGACAAAAGGCUGCAGAAGGAUAAAGAACUGAUGAUUCAGUACCAUACAUUCAUGAACGAGUAUAUAAGUCUUGGCCAUAUGAUACCCGCUCCUGAUGAUUAUGAAGCUUCCACAAUCAGUUGCUACCUCCCGCACCAUCCCGUUCCAAAGCAAUCAAGUUCAACGACGAAAGUACGAGUCGUGUUCGACGGUUCAGCGGAAACUAGUACCGGGCACUCACUAAACAACGCACUAUUAGUAGGGCCAGUCGUCUAG